CUCUUUGUCUUAUUUUCUCAGUCCUCCUUUCCCCCAUUCAGGAACCUUUUGACUGGUGAUGGCUGGUCCGUCACAGAUGGCGUCCGAACAGGGGCCUGAAUACCGGGGAUACCAGAGUGAAGGACGCCGCGGGAAUACGAGGGCGCUCGAGGGGAGUAAAGUGCCUGAGGAAUGGACAAUGCCACGGCAGGGAGCAUGUUCUUCCUCAGCGGGUUCUCUCCCGUCCGGGAGCUGCAGAUCCUGCACGCUGUGCUCUUCCUGGGGAUUUACCUGGCGGCCCUGCUGGGCAAUCUUCUCAUCAUCACACUCACCACCAAGGACCCCCACCUGCACAGCCCCAUGUACUUCUUCCUGAAGAAUUUGUCCUUCCUGGACCUGUGCCUCAUUUCCAUCACUGUCCCCAAGUCCAUCGAGAACUCUCUGAUGAACCUCAACCUCAUCUCCUUUCUCGGGUGUGUGGCCCAGGUUUUCUUCCUCAUCCUUUUAGCCUCUACAGAAAUGGCUCUCCUCACAGUCAUGUCCUAUGACCGCUAUGUUGCCAUCUGCCACCCACUCCGAUAUGGGACCAUCAUGAGCCACCAAGCUUGUGAGCAGAUGGCAGCAUACUCGUGGGUCAGCGGAGGUCUCAAUGCAGUUCUGCACACAGCUGCUACCUUGUCUGUACCCAUGUGUGGACCUCAUGUGGUCCACCAGUUCUUCUGUGACAUCCCACAGCUGCUCUCCCUUGCCUGUUUCUACAAUGUCAGGGAGUUUUUAGUCAUUGGGCUCAGCCUCCUUUUGGACAUUGGCUGCUUUGUGUUCAUUGAUGUUUCUUACUUCCACAUCUUCUCCACUGUUUUGAAGAUGCACUCCCAAGAAGGCCGCUCCAAAGCAUUCUCCACAUGCCUGCCUCACCUGGUAGUGGGGACUCUGUUUCUGUCUUCUGGGUCUUUUGCCUAUUUACACCCCCUGCCCAAGUCUCCAUCAUUGUUUGAUUUGCUAGUUUCCAUCUUCUACACUGUGGCGCCUCCCACUGUGAAUCCUCUCAUCUACAGUCUGAGGAACAAGGACAUUCAGAAGGCACUGAGAAGACUGCAGGUGAGUUGGUGUCGCCCUGCACGUUAGAAGAGCUUUGCCGCAUACAUCAUGGUCUUUUCAUUCCCUGACACAGCUGUUAGCAGUUAGACUAAAAAGCAAAUAAAUGCAUUACAAUCAAAUUCAACACCAAAAUACAACCAGUAAUAAAGAGUGAAUGAUAGAGACAUAAAUAAUUAGAUCUCAAUAUAAAUCUUACCACAGUACUUAUCAGUGGUGCUGUCCUUGACAUAUCAAUUGAAUUCCUCUCAGAUUCUAUAUCUUAAAGAUAAAAAUAUUUUAAAAUUAUGUAUAUGCACAUAUGUAAUUUAUAUU